GACUACGCUGUGCAAUCGGCUGCGGGCCUUAUUGUGAGCUCUCCUCGGUGACAGCAGCUUCAGCUCAUUCCCUGGAGUCUUCAGCCUGUACACAAAAGCCUCCUGGUGAACUGGCACUUGUAGACGAUUGAGGGUGCAUCAGAUCACUGUAUAUCACCAUGACACUAGUGAUCCAGUGCCAGAGAGGGGGCCCUGGUCUCCUCCACUUCUAGGGGAUCUGUCACCCCUUCCACAAGCUGUAUUUUUAUUUUCCACUCCUACCUAGUAACAUGCAGCAGGGAGGACCGGAGUGCUGGGAGCAGCAGCCCAUGACCCUCAGGAGCCUGAUCCUCAGCAGCAGGGAGGUGGACAGGAGAGCAGCCCUUCUCUUUCAGCUGGCACUCAGCUCUUGACUUGUUACCCCAUCCUCAUACACCCAGCGAUCAGAAAUCCUUCUUCUACCACAUCAGCCCACUAUUGUCUGCCCGAUCCAGGGAUCUACGAUGGAGUCGGUGGGGAAAUUUGAGUUCAGCAGGAAAGAUCUGAUCGGCCAUGGAGCCUUUGCUGUUGUCUUCAAAGGCAGGCACAAAGAGAAGCAGGAUUUGGAGGUUGCCGUAAAGUGCAUCAAUAAGAAAAACCUGGCCAAAUCCCAGACACUUUUAGGGAAGGAGAUCAAAAUACUAAAGGAGCUGAAACAUGAAAAUAUUGUGGCCUUGUACGAUUUCCAGGAAGUGGCCAAUUCAGUUUACCUGGUUAUGGAGUAUUGCAAUGGUGGCGAUCUAGCAGAUUACUUGCAUGUAAUGCGCACCCUGAGCGAGGACACCAUCCGACUCUUUCUUCAGCAGAUUGCGGGAGCCAUGAAGAUGUUGCACAGUAAAGGCAUUAUCCACCGUGAUCUGAAACCCCAGAACAUUCUCCUGUCCUGCAAAGGUGGCCGCAGGUCCAAUCCCAAUAACAUUCACAUUAAGAUAGCUGAUUUUGGAUUUGCAAGGUAUCUGCAGAACAACAUGAUGGCAGCAACUUUGUGUGGAUCCCCCAUGUAUAUGGCACCUGAGGUUAUUAUGUCCCAGCACUAUGAUGCCAAAGCUGAUCUGUGGAGCAUCGGCACUAUCCUCUACCAGUGCCUGACUGGCAAGGCUCCAUUCCAGGCCAGCAGCCCUCAGGACCUUCGCCUCUACUAUGAAAAAAACAAGACCCUCAUACCCAACAUCCCUCGAGAAACCUCUUGUCAUCUGAAGCAGCUUCUUUUGGGGCUUUUACAGAGGAACCAGAAGGACCGAAUGGACUUUGAUGAAUUUUUUCACCAUCCGUUUUUGGAUACAGGCUCCUCCAUGAAGAAAUCUGCACCUGUGCCAAUGCCAUCCUAUCCUAGUUCAGGCUCAGGAAGUUCCUGUAGCAGUUCUUCGACAUCACAUUUGGCAUCUCCACCGCAAUCUUUAGGUGAAAUGCAGCAACUGCAAGAAAAAAACCUGGUCUCCCCUAUCCCUGAUUCUCCAGGAUUUCUUCAAGGUUCGAAAGAAUCUGCAGGGAGCAGCAGCAAAAACUCAUCCUGUGACACCGAUGACUUUGUUAUGGUCCCUGCACAGUUUCCAAGUUCUCAAGGGGAUAUCGCAGAAGCUACCACAAGCAAGCCCAUCCAAGAUACUUUAAUGUAUAGUGGUUCUCUGUUGACAUCUGCUGGUCUGGAGAGCCGAGCUCGAACACCCUCACCAACGCUUCCAUAUAGUUGUUCCCCCAGUCCAUCUAGAAUGUCUCAGGCCUCGGUCAGCAGAUAUGGUCAAUCUGUGCCCAUUCCAGUCCCAACUCAAAUUGACAAUUAUCGGAGGAUUGAGCAGAAUUUGCAGUCCCCCAAUCAGUACACCCCACAGAGGUCAGGCAUGGUGCGUAAGUCCAGCAGUGCCAGCCCCCUUAAUUUCAUGAGAGCAGGAACAUCCCCUCCUUUUCCUGGAGAAAGUGCCUCUGCACCAACAGCUAGGAGACUUUCUUUUGGAGGAGCAAAACCAUACAUUCCCUCUCCACAAGUGGGCACUAUUCCAGAGCAGCCAAUGCAAAACAUCAGCAGAAGCCCUGGAGGAGCAGAACCCCGAAACCGGAGCCCUGAUUAUGGUAUUUCCGUACCUGCACAGAAUUCUUCUAGAAUGGGAUCUCGUCUUAAUAGUGCUCCAAACUUGUCCGACCUACAACCAAGCAAACAAAAGAUUAAGAAACAGCUAUCAGAUCCUGUAAUACCUAGAGAUGUCUUCACAAAGCCAAGUCCCCCACAGCAGAUCCAUGGCCUACAGCCCACCCGACCCCUCAGAUCAUCCCCUAAGCUGUCUGAAUUUAUGCAUAGGAGCCCCCUUCCAACUAUCCUGGGUUCACCUACAAAGAGCGUAUCGCCAUUUGAGUUUCCCAGGGGACCUAGUUCUCAGAAUCUGCUGACUCUUCUUACUCAUCAAGGAGUGAUAGUCCCACCAACCCGAAACAAGACACUUCCUGACCUAAAGAAUGUUGGACAGUACCAGCAAACUAACAUGGGGAUGCGUCCUGUGGAGGAAAUGAAGGGGCCAUUUGGCAGGUCGGUUAGUACUGGAAGACUCACAGAUCUCCUCUUGAAAGCAGCAUUUGGAACACAAGCUCCUGACGUUGGCAGUACAGAUAGUCUCAAUGCAGAGAAACCAAUGGAGAUAGCUGCUCCAAUAAUUGGUUAUGGAGGGAACCUGCAGUGUGGGGCACAAGGCUCUGUCAGUCCCGCUACGGUCAUUUUCACAGUGGGUUCUCCUCCCGAUGGCAUGACGCCUCCUCAAACAACGCGCACACGACUCUUCUCAGUGGGGUCCUCCAGCUCGCAGAGCUCCGCUGGCUCAUACACUGGAAGACAUCUUGUGGUCGGCGCAGGUGGGGAAACAUUUGAAGCCCCCUCAAGCCUUAGAUACGCAUUCCCUGACACUGGAAUGGCAAAUGCUGAGGGCAUUGUAAUGUUUGAAGUGCCUGAGCUUCCCGAAGAGACUCUGAUGGAGCAAGAGCACACGGACACACUUCGCAGUCUGAGGUUCACGCUUUCCUUUGCUCAUUCUAUUAUGGAAAUCGCCAGUCUCAAAGGGGGUUCCGUGGACGUGAGUUCUUCUGUGACAUCCGAGUACCAAAUGCAAGAGAGCGUUGUGGCAGAUCAGAUUAGCCUGCUAAGCCGAGAGUGGAGUUAUGCAGAACAGCUGGUUCUCUAUCUCAAAGCAGCAGAACUUCUCUCAAAUGGGCUUCAGACUGCCAUGGAGCAGAUCAAGAAUGUAAAACUGUGUCUGUCCUCUACAGUCAAACAGGUGGUGAAGAAGCUGAACGAUCUGUACAAAUCUUGUGUGUCUUCCUGUCAUUGCCUGACCGUACGGCUUCAAAGGUUUUUUGCCGAUAAACAGAAGCUUAUGGACCGGAUCAACAGCAUCACAGCAGAAAAACUAAUCUUUAGCUAUACUGUCCAGAUGGUUCAGUCCGCAGCCUUAGAUGAAAUGUUUCACCAUCGAGAAGACUGUGUGCAGAGAUAUCACAAAGCUCUGCUCUUGAUGGAUGGACUGCUGAACUUCAUGACUGACCAGGCAGAUAUAGAGAAUAUUAGCAAAUGUAAGCUUUGUAUAGAGCGCCGACUGUUUGCACUUCAAGGCAGCAUCUGUGCGUGAUCUCGAGUUCCAGACAUCUUCCUGUUACAUUUCCUCUCAUUUUUAAAAGAAAAGCAUUGCCAGUACCCUGUACAAUUUCAAAAGCAGGCUUCACAUUUCCAGCUGUCAGAGAUGAAUCCUAUAAAAAAUCCAUUCUCUAGAUAUCUUACAGAGACCCUAACUAUAUUCUUCUCCACACAUUAAUGUGAAAUUAUUUUAUGAUGAAGAACCUCUGAAGAACACGACGUGGAAUUUAUUAUGCUGUCAUAACAGGACUACUUAAAGGAGUUGGUGAAACAUGGCAUCCUGUAUUGUUAAAGAAAGUUCUGCAGAACAACUCCAUAUGUCACUCUUGGAGAGUGUCCAGCUAUGAAAGUACUCUAUGCAGUAAGAUAAUUCAUAAAUCCAAAAUGGAGGCAUGAUCUGUCUAGUACAACCAAGACUUCUGACACUAUACGUCUUUAUGUAACCACAUCAUCUGAACCUACUAGGAAGCUGCCGUGUCAUUGGUUCCUUUGUUGCUCUGCCCUUCGUGUUCUCCUCAUAAGCUGGCACUGAAAUCACUGUAUACAAGCCCAUCUUACAUUUUUUGCAGAUCUCCUAUUAAUAUUUUGCACAGUUCCUAGCAAUUGAAGCUGUACAGUUGGUUGAUUCCUUUCUCUCACUUACAGAGAACUAAAAUAGUUUGUGAAUGAUGGGAAAAUCUCAACACCAUCAACAAGGAAGACUGGGCAAUUAUUGUAUUUCUCUUGCCAAGGCUUGGAGGGCUUGGAUUUACUUUUGCACAGAUUUGAGUUUCUCACAUGGACUUUAAACAGUGUACCAGCCGCAGGCUAAGGACUAAUCUAAGGAUUAAAAAUAAUCUAGUUACCCAGGGUGUGUCCCAUUAGAUUGCUUUUCCUUCAGCUUGAUAGACUUAAGUCACACACUUUGAAAACGUUUCUUUUUUUUUUUUCGUCUUUGUCUUGACGAGUUCGCUAAAGUUUUCCUGGGAGUUUAGUGAACAAGUGACUCAUGUGGAUCAUAAACUUAUAACAUGGUGAAGAAGCUUCCUCAUGUAGCAAAUACAAUGGUUUCCGGAGGACAGGACAGAGUGACAUAGUGCAGUGUUGAAUAAUACCGUUUCCCUGCAUGCUCUCUUUAUAAAUAGAUUGAUUUCUUGCACUUUAUUCACUUUUAAUGAAGAUUUGAGAAUGUCAACCAAAUAGUUUUCUGGAACAUACAUAAAAUGGAUUAAUAUUCAAGUGGAAUAGAUGUUCAGAGCUGGCACAGAAGGCUACAUGCCAGGUUAUCAGAAGCCAAGGUUACUUCUCUAGUCUUUUUUCCUUUUGUACUACACUACCAGUGUAAAUACUUUAGUGUAUAUAAAAUAUAUAUAUGUAUAUAAUGUAGAUUUUACAAGAACUGUAAAUUGCAGUAAGAUGCAACCAUCACAUUUGUUGUUUUGUCUUCCUAUAAGCAGUUUUGUUAUUGUUUGAUCCACUCAUGUGCAACAGAAAUAGUCACCUAAAGUGUUGCUAUAGACUUACUGUAGAAUCUGUCCCCUGAAGCAUGACAGGGAGAACAUCGAGACGGGGAGAGGAGCGCUCAACAGAGUGUUUCUCCCAGCUCGUUCUAGCGAUUGUGGGGGUCUGAACACUCAGACCCCCAAAGAUCAAACAUUUGACAUGUCUUAAUAACGUGUCAAAAGUUUUGUCAAAUGACAGCAACAGUUUAAGGUUUGCUGCUCCUCUACACGCUUUCAUGACACAGAUUGGAACUACCAUUUGUGUUGGCAGGGCCAAUAUUAGAACUAGGGACCGAUCUAUGAUGCCUAUACAAGAAAGAUUUUCAACAAGGCCUUUGCUUUUAACUCUGGGAUAUUGCCACUUGCAAGAUUCUAAUAGGAUGCAAUAUAUGGCCAUAAUAACAAUCCCAAAUGCAAAACUGCACUGGAUAGUGAGCUAACAGAGAGCCGCUAGGUAAGGAUGGACAAAAGGACUGAACUGAAUGGUAUCAGUGAUGGGAUCUUAUCAGAGCUGCUAUUAUGGAAUAAGGACUCUGCUUAGAUCUGGAAGUAUUACUUGGCAACAUAUGGUUUACAGGUCUUGAAGCAGUUGGGCUUGUCCAGAAAGUACUCAAUGGAGGUAACAUCACUUUGUAUUGUCAAUAGACCUGUCUGGUAACUAUAAUCACAGGUCAAAUAGUAUUUAUGGUGUUACCUUAGUAUCAGGUUCCAGAGACUAGCAUAGCCCCAGUAUCUGUGGGUUGUCUUGCACCAUAGAAAAUCCAUGGAGACCUGGUUGUUGUAAUAACAUGUCAAGACCAUGCACCACUGCUUCUACAAUUCUACUUCUCAAUACUUGAAAUUUUAUUUAAUGCUUUUAGUCAAUAAACAUUAAGCGCCUUGAGGCCAAACAAGGAAUAAUCAGUUUUCCAGGAGCAAAAUCAAUUUUGCUGUGUUAGGUAGUGUUAGGCCGCUGGCCACAAGGGUAAAGUAACUGUGUUUUAUUUGCCAUUAGUUGGGUUGCAUUUUUUCACAUUUUUAUGUUGUAUGUAGCAUUUAUUCAAAAACUUGGUAUUUAUUGUGUGCUAGCCAAAAAUAAAAGUAAAAGUAAAAAAAUCUCAGUUUCCACAACGAAAAGUGCCCUUUUAACUCAUUUAGUACCAUAGUUCAACUGAGUAUUACAUACACAGACAAGUGAUAGUCUCAAUGAAGCCUAUUAUCUACAUGAAAUUGAAGGUAAAUGUUCUGUGUACUUCUGUAUGUUGUGUGCGUGCCCCGAUACAAGAUGCUUUACAAGGCUUUGUUUUUAAAGACUUGCUGAUUCAAUGCAGAGCAUUGGGCAAGCCUUUCUGGUAGUCAGCUAGUUGCUGGCCAAUAGGACCCCUACUCUGGAUUUGCAGUCGAAAGUUGCACCAUUGGUAUAUAUUUCUAGAUGACUCUGCUGGAUUGAGUCAACCUGACUUUUCCACUGUUCUCCUUGAACGGUGAAAUGGUAAAACUAAUGACAGAAUUCUGAUAUCAACUACUUGCACAUGUAGAAAUAGUAGGCUUCCCUACUAAGUAUGCUGUUUGUUAGUAUGAAAACCUAUUUGGAAUAUGCUGGUUUGGGUGAUAAAAUAGUUGAUUGAAAAAUGAUGAUGUGGAAUGUCUGCUUUUAUAUUAAAAAAAGAAUAAAAUGAAUAGUGUUUGAGGCAUUGUUUGAAUUUUCUUUAAUGUUUUGUUUUUGUGUGUUGCAUUGAUUUAUUUUAUUUGUAUACCUUCAAUAAGAAAAUGUAAAAGAAAAAAAAAAAAGAAAUAAAACCUUGAUA